ACUUUCUCUCUCAUGUUCUUCUCCAAUUACAGAUUCUUUCUGUGAAAGAUGACCUCCAUUUCACACGAAGCUUCCUUCGCUGACUCAAACAUGUUUUGGAUUCGUGUGAAACGACUAUUCCUUUGGAUCUAGCAUUCGGUAUGGAUUUCCACCUUCUUACGUUGUUUUUACUCUCCUAGAUAGAUUGCUCCAUUUGCAAGUUGCAACGAAGGAUCCGAUUGUGAUCAGUAAUUUCUCUUCCAGUCUUAGAUCCUUGAUUUACUGUUUUCAAUAUUCUGUAUAAUGAAUCCACUUCCGAUGAUGAUGAUGAUGAUGAUAAUUGUUGUGGUGUAAUCCAAUUAUAAGUUUUCAUUAAGCUGAUCUAAUGGAUUAUACUGAGCAAUCAAUAUCAUCGAUAAGUUUUACUUCUCAUUCUCAUUUAUCAUCGAAUGGAUCAAUUAGCUAUAACGUAUCAGGAUUAUCAGGUUCUGAAACUGGUUCCAAUAUUGAAAUCAUCGGUUUAACCAAGCUUAGCUGUCAGUUAGAGCAGUUAUUGAUCGAGACGAAUAAUUCUGAUUACACUGAUGCUGAUAUCAUCUUGGAUGAUAACAUCUCCGUAGGAGUUCAUCGAUGUAUAUUGUCUGCUAGGAGUAGAUUCUUCAAAGAGCAUUUUAAGAAAGAUGAGGGGAUAGAUAAGAAUGGGAAACCUAAUUAUUUGAUGAAGGAUUUGUUGCCUUUUGGGAGAAUCGGAUAUGAUGCGUUUCUUGUUGCUUUAAGUUAUCUGUAUACUGGGAAAUUGAAGCCUUUUCCUGCAGAGGUAUUGGCUUGUGUUGAUCAGAUAUGUCAACAUGAUUCAUGUAGACCUAUUAUUGAAGUUACAGUCGAGGUUAUGUAUGCAUCCUUCAUUUUUCAAAUUCCAGAACUCAUUUCGGUUUUUCAGCGUCGUCUUGUUAAUUUUGUUGGUAAGGCUGUUGUUGAAGACAUCAUCCCAAUCCUUCUUGUUGCGGUUCAUUGUCAAUCAAAUGAGCUUGUUUCUCAAUGUAUUCAAAGAAUAGCUAGAUCUGAUAUGGACAGAAUUUCUCUUGAGAAAGAACUGCCUUUUGAAAUUUCUGAAAAGAUCAGACUUUUGCGUAAGAAAUCAUCCAGUGAAGACGAAGAGGAUUCUUUACAGGAAAAGCGAAUUAGGAGCAUACACAAGGCACUUGAUUCAGAUGAUGUCGAGCUGGUGAAACUUCUGUUAUCUGAAUCAAGCGUCACUUUAGAUGAAGCUUGUGCUCUUCAUUAUGCAGCCUCUUAUUGCGAUCCAAAGGUGAUGUCAGAGGUUCUUUCUUUGGGAUUGGCUGAUGUCAAUCUUAGAAAUGCUUGGGGUUACACGGUUCUUCAUGUUGCUGCAAGGCGUAGAGAGCCUUCGAUUGUUGUCUCGCUCUUGAAUAAAGGAGCUCGAGUUUCUGAUUUAACGUUUGAUGGUAGAAGUGCUGUUAGUAUUUGUCAGAGAUUAACUAGGAUGAAGGAUUAUCUUGCGAAAACAGAACGAGGGAAGGAGACUAACAAAGAUCGAAUCUGUGUUGAUCUCUUGGAGAGGGAGAUGCGGAGAAAUCCAAUGGCUGGAGAUGUAUCGCCAUCUUCACCAAUUGUUGCUGAUGAUCUGCACAUGAAACUCUUAUAUCUGGAAAAUAGAGUUGCAUUUGCACGAGUGUGUUUCCCUAGCGAAGCGAAACUAGCUAUGGAGAUUGCACAUGCCGAGACAACAUCAGAAUUUUCUGGUCUUUUAGUUUCGAGAGAUUCGAGUGGUAACUUGAAGGAGGUUGAUCUAAACGAAACACCUUCAAUGCAGAAUAAAAGGUUACUGUCAAGAAUGGAAGCUCUCUCAAAAACAGUGGAGAUGGGUAGACGUUAUUUCCCACAUUGCUCACAAGUAUUGGAUAAGUUCAUGGAAGAUGACCUUCCUGAUCUGUUUUAUCUCGAGAAGGGGACUAUAGAAGAGCAGAAAAUCAAGAGGGCGCGUUACAUGGAACUUAAGAACGACGUUCAAAAGGCGUUUACAAAGGAUAAGGCACAACUACAGCGCUCUGGUUUGUCUUCUUCCUCAUCUCCAAUAAGGCAUAGUAAUGUAAAUUACAAAUCUAGGAGACUCUAGCAAAAGAAAUAGACAAUUUUUGAACCAUAUGUAUGAUAAAUAGUUAGUUACUUUUGAGUGCAAGAAAUGCCUCUAUAGUUGUGUAUUUUUAUCAGAACUCAUCUUGUUACGGGAAAAUGUUUCUCGUUUGGACAUUGAUUUUUUGCAAACUUGUCGAACUUAAAGUUAAUGCUUUCAAUUUUCCUUGAUCUUUACAAAAGAAUAAAGAUCUUUAUUGAAAUAAUACUCUUAUGACCAUUUUUA